AAUGAGCUUUGCAGCCCCCCCUGAUGCCCCUCUUGCUUUUUUUUCACUUGGCCCACAAGGUCACAAAAACUGGAAAUGUGUGUGUAAGUGUGUGUAAACUUUUUGCUCACUACCGCCCCCCGGAGCUUGUAAGGUGGAAGGUACGGACACACACACACCGGAAGUUUGUUUACACACUUCAGGAAGUGGGUAGGGUUUUAACAAGAAGAAGAGGAAGAUCAAGCUCAAGAUUGACAGCAUGCAACAGAGCCAUUAUGUCCAAAAGGAGGAGAAGGAUAAAGCCUGUAGAUGAUGCAAAGACAUAUAUUCUGUCUUGCACUGACAAGUCUGGAUUUAUGUCAAGACUCAUAGACAGUUUCAAAGGAAGAGGAGUGUUUGCUACGCAGCCCAUUGAACCAGGGGACUUUGUUUUGGAGUACAGGGGUAAACUCCUCACACAGGAAGAAUGCCAGUCACUAACGUACUCAGAGAUUGACUACACAUUUCUCUUUGAUUUUGAGUGGCAGAACCGUCACUUGUGCCUUGAUGCAUCUAAAGAAGAUGGAUCUCUUGGAAGAUUAGUCAAUGACAACCACAAAAAUCCAAAUUGUGUCAUGAGAAAAAUCAUAGUAAACAACAAGCCGCACUUGUGCCUUUUUGCCCUGAAGAAAAUAGAGAUAGGAUCUGAAAUUGACUACAGCUAUGGUGAUGCAAAAUGGCCUUGGCGCAGUAUGGUGAAGACUCCUGCAGCAGCAGAGACAGAGACCAGCCCUCUACCUCAGAUGUUCCACAUGGAAUCAAAGCCAGAUGAGACUAACGCACAGGUGAAAGACCCUCAGACUCCUGCAGCAGCAGAGACAGAGACCAGCCCUCUACCUCAGAUGUUCCACAUGGAAUCAAAGCCAGAUGAGACUAACGUACAGGUGAAAGACCCUCAGACUCCUGCAGCAGCAGAGACAGAGACCAGCCCUCUACCUCAGAUGUUCCACAUGGAAUCAAAGCCAGAUGAGACUAACGCACAGGUGAAAGACCCUCAGACUCCUGCAGCAGCAGAGACAGAGACCAGCCCUCUACCUCAGAUGUUCCACAUGGAAUCAAAGCCAGAUGAGACUAACGCACAGGUGAAAGACCCUCAGACUCCUGCAGCAGCAGAGACAGAGACCAGCCCUCUACCUCAGAUGUUCCACAUGGAAUCAAAGCCAGAUGAGACUAACGUACAGGUGAAAGACCCUCAGACUCCUGCAGCAGCAGAGACAGAGACCAGCCCUCUACCUCAGAUGUUCCACAUGGAAUCAAAGCCGGAUGAGACUAACGCACAGGUGAAAGACCCUCAGACUCCUGCAGCAGCAGAGACAGAGACCAGCCCUCUACCUCAGAUGUUCCACAUGGAAUCAAAGCCAGAUGAGACUAACGCACAGAUGGACAGUGGACCAGAGGUUUCUCGUCAUUUGUGCGAUUCAGAUGAAACUGUUCUGAAAGAAGCCUGUGAUGAGGCUUCUCCAAACAACCAUUCCAGAGAGCAAUCAGAUGAUGAACUUGUUCCACCUCUGAGACGCACAAAAAGCAUUAUGAUGGAUCGACUACAAGAUUUUGCUGGCUGUCUCUACGAUUCAAGUGAUGACAGCACAGAGGGCACUUUGAUUUCUAAGCCUGAAAGGGAUUCACAGAGGCUGAGAAGAUGCUCUCGCCAUCCUAUUCAGGUGCCUCUUGUGGAAUCAGAUAACUCUAACAUUGGCAGUGAAGAUGAGUACAUUCCAUGUCCCAAGGACGAAAGCACAGAAAGUGAUAGCAGUUUGGAAUUAACCCUGGAAGAUAAAAAAAGGAACAAAGGUGCAUCUAGUGAGAGCAGAAGAAAGUCUUCCAGUCGGAGCAAGUUUAUGCCCAGGGAGAGUGGAAGUGAGUCCUCCAAGCAGAAAAGAAGCAGGUCUUCCAGUCGGAGUCAGCUUGAUUUUAGCCAGAAGAGACCCUUUAAAACAGGUCAUGACCCCACACAAAUAUUUCCGAAUAGCAGAGUUGAUGGUAAUGAAAAGAAAAUAGUUGCAACAUAUUCUAAAAAGGAUGUGAGUGUUUCAAUGCCCCUGGAAGAAGAGCAGUCUAUGUAUGUCAAUCCAGUAUUAAAGAAGAUGGAUGGGUCUAGAAGCUACAACAAAAAACAUUUCUGCUUUUAUUGCAGAAAGUUUGUCCAGAAAAUGUCAAGGCACUUGUGGCGUAAACACCAAGAUGAAACAGAUGUUGCAAAAGCAUUCAGUUUGCCAAAGAACUCAAAAGAAAGGAAACUGCAGUUGGACUAUAUACGAAAUAAGGGGAACUUUGAGCACAAUAGUGAGGUUUUGGAGACACAGAAAGGCAAACUCAUCCCAUGGAAGCAACCACAGAAAAAAUCUGAAGGACAGGAAUUUGCACAUUGUAUUCACUGCUAUGGUUUGUUCUCAAGAAGAGCAAUGUGGCGGCAUUUUCAGGUUUGCAACUUCAAACCUGAGAGUAGUAAACCUGGUAAAACUCGUGUUCUAUCUUUGUGUGCUUUCGCUGAACCUGCUCCACCUGGAUUUAAUGAUGCUUAUUGGAAGUUCUUAAGUGUUAUGAAUCAAGACAGGAUUGCAGUUGCUAUUAAAGAAGACCGCUGUAUUCUUGAAUAUGGUUACAGACUGUUCAGGAAGAACGAGAAGGUGGUCAGUCAACACCAGUAUAUUCGGCAAAAACUGAGAGAGCUUGGCAGGCUGUUAUUGAAAGCAAGACAAGUUACACAUGUGAAGACCAUCCAAGAACUCAUAAAACCUGAACACUACAGUCAGGUGGUCACUGCUGCAAAGAGCCUAUCUGGAUUCAGUGAGCAAACUGGCAAAUACCAAUGUCCGUCUCUUGCUCGCAAGGUUGGACACAGCUUGUAUUCUUUGGCCAUGUUUAUCAAGUCCGAAGGCCUGAAAAAGAAAGAUAAACAAGCUACUCAAGAUGCUGAGGAGUUUGCGCUGCUUUAUCAAGAAAGUUGGAGAUUUGACAUUGCAAGCCAAGCAUUAACUCAACUUGACCAGACCAAAUGGAAUGCUCCUCUACUGUUACCUUUCACACAAGAUAUUCAAAAGUUUCAUUGUCAUCUAGCUGAGAAACAGCAGCAACAUUUGAAUGAUCUGCAAAAACACUCAUCACCAUCAAACUGGAAGGAGCUUGCAAAAGUUACCCUCACACAAGUUGUACUGUUUAACCGGCGGAGAGGAGGGGAAGUGUCCAGGAUGCUUCUGUCUGCGUAUCUAUCAAAGGACACAUCAGACACACAUGGUGAUGUUAGCUUGGCCCUUACACCGCUUGAACAGAAGCUGUGCAAGCAUUUUGUAAGGAUUACAAUUGUAGGAAAGAGAGGAAGAAAGGUUCCAGUUCUUUUAACCCCAAUCAUGAGAGAGUCACUUGAUGCUCUGACUGAGAAGAGAGAAGAAUGUGGAGUGCUGUCUGAAAAUGGAUAUCUGUUUGCAUUACCUCACUCUGUCCAUUACAUAAGGGCUUGUGACUGCAUAAGGCAGUUUGUGAACGAAUGUGAUCACCUUGAAAAUCCUAAAGCAUUAACAUCAACAAGACUAAGGAAACAUAUCGCCACCCUCUCUACUGUAUUGAACCUUAAGACCACAGAACUCGAUCAGUUGGCAGACUUCCUUGGCCAUAAUAUUGCUGUCCACCGAAAGCACUACCGCCUUCCGGAGGGCACCCUCCAGUUGGCCAAAAUCAGCAAAGUGCUUCUGGCAAUGGAACAGGGACGCCUAGGAGAAUACAAAGGAAAGAGCCUGGAUGAAAUUCAAGUUGAUGUGAAUGAGACCAUCGGCAUAGAGGGGCCUUCAGAAGAGGACAUUGAAGGAGAACAGGGGUCAGAAGAUGAGAGUAUGUCAUCCCUGAACAUCUGUACCUCAACAUCACAAGUCCAAAACCAGAGAGUGUCUCCAACAGAUGUCAGUAUGCCAGGACAACAGGGGUCAGAAGAUGAGGUCAGCACAUCAUCCCUGCAAGAAUGUACCUCCACAUCACAAGUCCAAAACCAGAGUGUGUCUGCAAGAAAGAGAGGUAAGCAAGCUCCUGUGAGACGUUGGACACCAGAGGAAAUUGCUGCAGUAGAAAAACACCUGAUGAAGUUCAUUGUGAGGCAAGAUGUUCCAGGUAAAGCGGACUGUGAGCGCUGCAUUGCUUCAGAACCGCAAGCGCUACAAAAAAGAGACUGGAAAGCAGUCAAAUAUUUCAUCAAAAAUAGAAUAACUACCAUGAGAAGAAAAUUCUAAUGGAAGCAGUUCAACGAUCAGAGGUAUGGACACACAUUUUCAGUUUGGGUCCUAUACUUUGUUUAAAUGUUUUGAAAUGUACUGUAGUUUAAAGUAGCUGCUGUGGUUUUAGCAGUCAACAACACAUUAAACAAGUACAUGUUUGGCAAAGUCAAAUGUUUGUUUAU